AUGGAUAACAACUGGGAUACUGAUAAGCUGCAGCCGGCAGACUUGGCGAAGGCGGUUGCAACUAUCCACGUUGUUGCUUACACCAAUGAGAAUAAGGAAGGCGACGAGGACGGCAACCCACCCACAAAUGACUGGUGCACUUUCCUCGAGACACCAGACCAUAAAUCAGUCCGUCUUGAUAUGGCCCCGGGCUAUGGCAGUGACGGGUUGCGUGGAAAGAUUGAGAUUUCAUCCAAGACAUACAACUGCACAUCAAACAAUAUCAAGAGCGUCACAAUUCGGACCAGCCUCGGCCUGACGGUGCAGAAAAUUGUCGACUUGGUUUCCCAAAAAGGCCAUCAGAAACACCAGUUCACCCCGGAGUGGGAGGGAUGCGUGUAA